AUGUGUAUAUUUCUGGAUGCGAUGUUUCCAAAUAUAGAAUCGUGCGCCAUCAUGCUAGACGAUGCGGUAUACGAGGUGCAUACUGCAUGCUACCCCAACGACAUGAAUGACGAUGAUAAGGAAAGUGUAUUCCAGAUGAUGUACAAAUGCAACCGGCCGACGGUGAAGGCCGAGGUUGUGGCGUACUUCAAGGGAGAGAUUGGGGCGACUGCAGUGCAGGAUAUACUUGACAUUCUUGAGAGUGAAGGAUGCUUGAUAACGAAGAUCUAUGGAAAGUCCAAGGUGUAUCUGGUUAAUCAAGACUUAUUUAGCAAAGAUGAGGAUGUAGAGCUUGAUAGGGAGGUGAGCGAGUAUGAAAGCAAGCUUGCGAUGCUGAAGAGCGAUGCGGAGGCUGUUGGAAAGGAGAUUGAGUUGUUUGGCAAGAUGCUGCCGAUUGAGCAGAUAGUUGAGCAGAUUGACGCGACUAGCGCAAGGAUUGAAGAGAACAAGAGAAGACUGAAUAAGCUGCAGAAUGACGAGAUUGAGGUUGAUAGCAAAGACAUGGCAGCAGCGAAGAAAGGAUAUGAAAAGGCGGUGUGCACUCUGAAGAGGAUGAAGAAGAUAUUUAAUGAGGUGAUAGAGAAGCUGUCUGAGGGGCUUGACAUGAAGAAAUCGCUGCUGUAUGAGGAGAUUGGAAUUGAAAUGUGA